AUGCUGAGAAUAUUAAAAUCCCCAGCAAGAUGUUCCAGCUUGAGCGUUAGACGCUGGUAUCAUCAAACUAAAAAUGUAUUUUCCUCAACUGAGCAAUCUUAUGAAGUAGAGGAGAAAACGUCUAAAGAUUUACGGCGAAAUGAGAUCAAUAUCCAAAUGUUGCCAAACAACCUUCACCAGACAAUCUUUAAAGAUUCUCCGAAUAGUCUUAGUGGCAGCAAUGAUAUGAAAGAAAUAGAAGAACAUUUAACACAGCAUGAUUUGUGGGACAGGCCUCCAGAAAUUCUUAAAGACAUUGAUUUUUCACUUCCACAAUUAUCAGGCAACAAUAUUGAAGAACAUUUUCGAAAUAUUGCCUCUGAACAGACGGAAGAUAUCAAACAAAUUGUGCAAACUUUUCUCAACAGUGAGAUACCCGAAAAACCUAAAACUUGGAAUUUUGCAAAAGGAUGGACUAAAUAUGAUAAGAAUGGAGAAGCCACUCUGGUAGAUUAUCCUGAUGAGGAAAUUUUGAUAUUUGAUAUUGAAUGUUUGGUAAAAGAAGGGAGUUAUCCCACCAUGGCCUCAGCCUUGUCCCCUACGCAUUGGUAUUCCUGGUGUAGUGAAUAUCUCAUAGAGAAGAAAUUCAGAUGGUCCACUGAACUAACACUGACUGAUUUGAUUCCACUAGAAACUAAGAAAGGCUCUGUCAGUAUCAAUAAUAAAUCUAAAAAGAUUAUCAUUGGUCACAAUGUAGGCUUUGAUAGAUCGUUUAUCAAGGAGCAAUAUCUUAUACAGAAUAAGAAGACCUGUUUUUUGGACACCAUGUCACUACACAUAGCAAUCUGUGGUUUAACAUCCUUUCAACGUAUAUUAUUUAAUGCUGGUAAAGACAGUCAUAGAAAAGAGGUGCUGGAAUUCGAAAAAAAGUUACGUCAAAGAUAUGUGGAACAUUCUACAGAUUGGAUGUCAGUAGGAACUAUGAAUAGUUUAAAUGCUGUAUAUCAGUUCCACUGUAAAGACAGUAAACCUCUAGAAAAAGAAAAGAGAAACACAUUCGUUGUUGGCACAAUGUCUGAUGUCAGAGAUGACUUUCAGGAUUUAUUGAAUUAUUGUGCUCAUGAUGUUUCUGCCACUCAUUCUGUUUUCUCUAAAUUAUGGCCAGAAUUUCUAGAAAGAUUUCCGCACCCAGUAACUCUAGCUGGUAUGAUAGAGAUGGGAACAGCGUAUCUACCAAUCAAUGCUAACUGGGAAAGAUAUAUUACUCUCUCUAAUGCCAUGUAUGAUGAAAUACAAACAGAGUUAAAGAAAAUGUUGAUGGAAUUAGCUAACGAGACUUGUGAGAUGUUAGAAGGAGAAAGGUAUAAAAAUGACCCAUGGUUGUGGGAUCUCGACUGGUCAGUGUCAGAUUAUAAAUUAAAUAAAUCAGGGAACGAGAAUGAUGUGCCUAAAGAAGAUCUGUUGGAAAUUCUGGAAACUGAUGAUAAAGAAGAAGUUGAAAGGAAAACCCUCAUCAAUAAAGUUAUUUCAUCCAAAUGUAGAAUACCCAAAAGACCUGUCUACAUGGCAGGCUACCCAGUCUGGUACAAAGAUUUGUGUCCGAAACCCAAAGAUGAAGACUGGCAGCCUGGCCCUUCAUUGAUCUCCACUCAGAUGAGGGUUGUCCCUAAAUUACUGAGGUUAACAUGGGAUGGGUACCCACUUCACUUUCAUGUCGACCAUGGCUGGGGGUACCUGGUACCAGGGCAUGAAGAAUCAGAAUUAGAGAAAGAACUGAAAAAGAUGAGCACCGAGCCCAUUGAUGAAGUCUAUUUUCCACUGAAAAAUCUGAAAGAAUUUGUCAGAAAGUCUAAGAGUUUAGAUAAACGGAGAAAUUCGAAAGCUAAUGUCAAAGAAAUAUUAAAUGAUGUUGAUGUGGAUUCCAUGGAACCAGAAGAGAAGUCUGUUCAUUGGAGAGCUAUGAAAGGGGAACAACCCAUUCCAGAUUUUGUGUUUUCCAAUCUGUUAAAACAACAUAAAGGAAAUGGACCAUUUGAUAUAGGUAUACCUGGCUGUUUAUUUUAUAGAAUACCCCACAAGGUACGGUAUAAUGUUUUGGUGAAUAAGAAUGGUGCUCAGAAUAAAGUAGGGAAUCCUCUCGCUAAAGAUUAUAUGAAUAGAAUUGAAGAUGGAACAUUACGGGCUGCUACUGGUGAUCAGGCUCAGAGAAUACUCUAUCUUGGUAAAAUAUGUUCUUAUUGGAAAAAUAACCAGGAAAGAAUUGAAAAACAAAUGUCAGUUUGGUUGAAAAAAUCAGAAUUACCAAAAACAGUUACUAAGGAAGAAGAUUAUGAUCCAGACAGUCAAUAUGGAGGGAUAAUACCUCGUAUUGUUACAGCUGGUACAGUAACCAGGAGAGCUGUAGAACGAACCUGGCUCACUGCUAGUAAUGCUUAUGAAGAUAGAAUAGGUAGUGAAUUGAAAGCUAUGAUCCAGGCUCCACCAGGCUAUUGUUUUGUCGGAGCUGAUGUAGACUCUCAGGAACUAUGGAUUGCAUCAAUUCUGGGUGAUGCAUACUUCAAAAAGGUUCAUGGUUGUACAGCGUUUGGUUGGAUGACUCUACAAGGUAAGAAACAAGAUAAAACAGAUCUACACAGUAAAACAGCAGAAACAGCCAGUAUUAGUCGAGACCAUGCUAAGGUAUUGAAUUAUGGUCGUAUAUACGGAGCAGGUCAGAAAUUCGCGGAGAAAUUAUUGAUGCAGUUUAAUCCUAAAUUAACACCAGAAGAAGCGAGAAAGAAAGCCAUGAAAAUGUUCAUUAGUACUAAGGGUAAACGAAAUCAGUAUAGAAAAUGGUUUGGUGGAAGUGAAAGUGAUAUGUUCAAUGCUCUAGAGAUGAUAGCAAGAUUACAUGAACCAAAAACUCCAGUCCUCGGCUGUAGAAUCAGUAAAACUUUAGAACCACACAACGUUCUUGAAGACUUUAUGACGAGUAGAGUAAACUGGGUGGUACAGAGUUCAGCUGUAGAUUACCUACAUCUAAUGUUGGUGUGUAUGAGAUGGUUGUUUGAUAAGUAUAAUAUUAAUGGUAGAUUCUCUAUUAGUCUUCACGAUGAGGUACGAUACAUGGUAUGUAAUGAAGAUAAGUACCGAGCCGCUCUGGCUCUACAGAUCACCAAUCUACUAACUCGGUCUAUGUUUGCCUAUAAACUAGACAUGAAUGAUCUUCCACAGUCUGUAGCGUUUUUUAGUGCAGUAGAUAUAGAUCAAUGUUUACGUAAAGAAGUUACUAUGGAUUGUGUUACUCCAUCCAAUAUACAUGGUUUAUCCAAGGGCUAUAAUAUACCUCCAGGCAUGGCAUUAGAUAUAUAUGAGAUAUUAGAAAUAACACAAGGAUCAUUACUGAAGCCAGUUAGUGCCAAGGAUAAGAAUAAUGACUCUGAUUCAGAGAACAACUGUGAUAGUGAGGAGGCAGUACAAGGAUGAACUAGAAUAGAAGAGGGUUGUAGCUCUCUUGGUUAGAGUGUUUAAACAAGUAGUGCUGGCAUGAUAUAUCAAGGUAUCGUGAUACGACCAUGUAUCGUAUCUCAAGGUUGUGUAUCAAUACUUGAUGAUACCUCUCAUUCCAUAGAAAAAGUGAGGAUUUUUGUGAAUGGAAUCAUAAUUGUUUUCACUGAGUCACUGACUUGACUGAAAUUGAUGGAAACUAUUUAUAAGAC